UCCUUUGCCGCCGGCGAGGUGCAUAGGAGCCAUCGCAAUCCAGCCGUAUAGUCAACAUCAGACCGCAGCGCUGCACAGAUUACCGCACGACUCUAUUUUGCGCCGCUGCUGCGCUCGAGACCUGCGCUCGUACGACCGCUGCGCCGUAAGCCAUGAUCCUCAGGCAGCACUUGCUGUUGGGGCUCGCGGCGCGGGCGGCCGCAUUGGUGGCCCCGCGGUCGUUUCUAGGAAGACGCGCACCACCGCAGCACGCCUGCCUCGUCCAGAUCGACAGCGACGGCUCGCGCCAGCAAGUCGAGUGCACCGACGGGUCCGCCGAAUACCUCAGAGAUAGGAACGACGGCGCCGCCGGCAGCUUGAGGGAUAGGGCCUACGCGUCGACGCGACGAAACUUGCGGAGGAUCUUUUUACCAGUAGCGGUCAACGAGGAAUACGUAUCUUAUACCCGAUGGCGCUGCGUGCAACGUUUACUGAGCGCCACCGUAAAUGUCUUUGGGGUCCAGGCCAUGGUCAUGGCUGUGGGAUUGAGAGAUGCGCGGGCCGUCGCGGCGGGCGGUGCGGUCGUGGGCGCGGCCGCAGCCGUAGACUGGGUCCUCAAAGACGCAUUGGGGAAAGUGACGCGCCUCGGCUGGGCGGCGAGGAUGGGUCGGGAGUUCGACGGCGACGCUAAAAGAUGGCGGUUCCGAUCUUCUUUGUUGUAUGCGACGGGCAACGGGCUGCAGAUCGCGACGUUCGCGUUUCCACUACUGUUCUUGCUAUUAGCAACAGUCGCGAACUGCCUCAAGCAAGUUAGCAUGCUGACCUCGACGGCGACGCGGUCCGCCAUCUAUCGAAGUUUUGCGGCGACGGAGACCACGAACAACCUCGGCGACGUUACUGCGAAGGGAGAAGCGCAAAUUGCGGUCGUCGAUCUCGUAGGUUUGUUGAUCGGCCUCGUCGCCUCGAAGAAGUUGGGCGUGGCUUCGACGCAGGCGAACCCGAGGAUGUUAUUAGCGAUCUACGGGUCGCUCUCGCUGCUGGAGAUCGGGGCCAUGUACCGCGAGAUCGCUUGUGUGGUUUUUCGCCAGUUGAACUUUGAGCGGGCAACUUUAGUGGUUGACGAGUACGUCGAGAGUGGCGUUUGCCCCUCGCCCCGGGACAUCGCGCGGCGGGAACGUAUAUUAAGAAGGCCACGGACGACGCGAACGAGUGUCCUGCGGCCGCUGAUGACCGCGGCGUCUGGCAUGUCGCGCGACGAGCUCGACCGGCACGUGGCGUUGGCGUCGACGGACGAUUUCCUGGUGCUGGACGGUGCGAUCGUUUUGCGGGACGGCGCCACCGACGACGCGCUGUUGGAUGCUUUACAUGCGCGCGCUCGAUCACUCAGAAUAGGCACCGAGGGUCUAUCAAAGGCGCGGGCGGGUCGCGAGGCGCUGCGGACCGCGUUGCGGGACGCGGGCUGGUCGACGCAGUCGUUCAUGUUUCCCGAGGUCCAGGUGCGGGCGGACUGGGGGGAGACGUCGAAGUCGUAAUAUCUAGUUAUCGUG